CUCGCUGGGUAGGUGGGCGCGCGUGGAGCCGGCGUUCACGCUGGUGCGGCGAACUUGGGCGAGAAGAGGGCUGCGGUCGAGUCGGGGUGCAGUCAGUGCAGGGCUGAGGGCGGCCGCGAUGCCCCUGCACAAGUACCCGGUGCACCUGUGGAAGCAGCUGCGGCUGCGCGAGGGCCUGUGCUCCCGCCUGCCCGCGCACUACCUGCGCUCGCUGGAGCCCGGGCGGCAGCCCACGCCUGUCCACUACCGGCCCCACGGCGCCAAGUUCAAAGUGAACCCCAAGAACGGGCAGCGGGAGCGCGUGGAGGACGUGCCCAUCCCCAUUUACUACCCCCCGGAGUCCCAGCAGGGCCUGUGGGGCGGCGAGGGCUGGAUCCUGGGCCACCGGUAUGUCAACAAUGACAAGCUCUCCAAGAGGGUGAAGAAGGUGUGGAAGCCACAGCUGUUUACGCGUGAGCUGUACAGUGAGAUACUGGACACCAAGUUCACAGUCACUGUUACCAUGCGGACACUGGACCUAAUCGACGCUGUCUAUGGCUUUGACUUCUACAUUCUCAAGACCCCACAGGAGGAUCUGUGCUCCAAGUUUGGGAUGGACCUGAAGCGGGGAAUGCUGCUGCGACUGGCCCGCCAGGACCCCCAGCUACACCCGGAGGACCCCGAGAGGAGGGCCGCCAUCUACGACAAGUACAAGGAGUUUGUUAUCCCUGAGGCUGAGGCCGAGUGGGUGGGGCUGACAUUGGAGGAGGCUAUGGAGAAGCAGAGGCUCCUAGAAGAGAAGGACCCCACCCCCCUGUUCAAGGUCUACGUGGAGGAGCUGGUUGGGCGGCUCCAGGAGCAAGUGCUGUCUAAGCCGGCAGUGGUGGUGCAAGGAGCCACAGGAAGUGACUGCAAGGAGCCACAAGAAUUGGCCACAGGGAGCCACCAGAAGUGACGGAAUCUCUCUUUGUGCCCAGUGGCUGGCAGCAGGGACAUAACCUGGGUGGUGGCGAGGGUCACUCGUGGACAGUGGGGGCCCCACAGAUCCCAGGGCAGCGUGCUCUGUAGACCCAGUGUUCCUGAGGCAGAGGCCUUGCUGGGGGAUGGUGUGAGUAAAGUUUGGACUGGCUGUG